AUGGUUGACUGGGUGGAUGGGAGAGGUGUGAAGCCUUGCUGUGCCACGGACGACUUACUCAGCGGUCCUACUGCAUGCGUCCUCAUCGCCGUGACUGGAAAUAUUCAUCAGUCUGCAGGUCGCCGCUGCGGGCUGUUGGGGCGCGAAUUCAACGCAAUGAAAAGUUUUCAUCGACGCGCCGAUCGCACCACAACCACAUCACCACAGCCUCCAUUUGAGUAUUGCGAUAUUCCAUCUAUGGAGGCUCAUCAAUGGAAACUGGGAUACGAAAAUUACCCGACGUACGACUAUUUGGCUUGCGUACGACAGUGUACCCUUGGGCUUGCACUAGCUCUGAGACCGAGACAAGGAGCGGCGAGGGUAUCUCUCGGACGAAACUUGUUAAGGCCCCGAAGCCCCUCCGAGUGGACCUAUCCGGAACGCCCAGGAGACUCGGAAGAGGGACUUAAUAGGCGUGGUGCUCGCGACCUGGGGACACUGACCGGACGGCUCUACGAGGCAGAUCACCUCUGGUGCUUCGACGGCCCAAACGAACUUGUUAAGGCGGUGGGGGGACGCUCUGGAGCAAUCACAUGUCAGUCGGACGAGGACUCGACGUUAGUGGAGAGGGUGGAGCGGGUUGCCCGGCGUGGAAUCUGGUCUGAGACUCUUACAGGUAACGCGAAACGGGAACUAGAAUGCCUAGUAGCCACUGCUGGCUCCAAGGACCUCACCCCUUCACUGGGCUCUGACCCUUGGUGGACCUGGAUUCCAGCAAGAUCACGUCCUGGCUGGGGAGACUAUUGCAUGGCUCGAGAGAACGGAUGCGCGUGUCGGUGCAUCAACAUACGGGACCGUUCGUUUGGACGGCGUGCCGGUGAGAUGUGCUUAAGGAGCAAACAGGAGUUACCUAGGCGGGAGAGGUAUGGCUGUGCCUCAACUGUGGAAGGUGUCUACUGGAAAACUGGGGUAGAGGUCUUGUUAAGCAGGCAUGUCGAACUCUACUGUAUCACUAGCAUUACUCCAUUGCGCUGUUUAAGAACAAUACGACUUGGUAAAUCGCUACCGAGUGAAGCAGCUAGCAAUAGCAAAUCAGUUUUAAACUGUAGUUUCCAGAAUAUCAUCUAUGCAGAUAAGAAGUUGAGUGUUUACAAAGAAUAG